GUUAUCAUCAUCCUCAUCCGGCUAUUUGGAGAUUGCUUGGACCAGAUACAAGCAUGGUGCCGGAGAAGAAGAAUGGCUCGGACAACCCGACCAUAUCGGAGAUUCCAACUCUGGAGCCGCCUCCAAUUCAUCCUUCCUUUAUUCAGGUAGCCAAGCCGUAUAUAUUCGAGCAGACUAUCCAACAAUGUAUCAAAGCCAUGGGUGUCAAUACCCUGCGCGAGGAAGCGCUACGCCUGCAGGGUGUCACAUGGAUUGAUAACGUUCGCCGGGUGUUAUAUUUACCUAUCCGUACUUUCAACACGGCUGUGGUGUACUAUCACAAGUUUCGACUCGUUCAUCCUGACAGCGAGUAUAAUUAUAUGGAUGCCGCUGCGGCUGCAUUGUUUACAGCCUGUAAGAUUGAGGAUACCUUGAAGAAGUCCCGGGAGAUCGUUUGUGCAGCAUACAACCUCAAAUUACCACCGUCCGAGCAUAUCUCUCCCGAUAACCCUGUCUUCGAGGUUCAUGCCAGAGGCAUCAUUGGAUUGGAAAGACUCAUGCUCGAGGCGUCGGGAUUUGAUUUUCGGACACGUCAUCCACAGAAGACCUUGAUCAAGCUCGCCAGGCAUUAUGGCCUUACAUCGCAGUCUCACGUAUCCAAUGUAGCGUAUCGAAUAUCUCAGGACCUUUACCGCACUUUUGCUCCAAUCAAGCAAACCGCAUCGACCAUGUCUUUCGCCUGUCUGGAGCUGGCAGGUCGUCUGUUAGACCAGCGCAUCGAGGCUGUCGAGUUAGGAGUAGACUACGAGAAGUGGAAAACGAGUCGGGAGGAAGUAAUGGAAACCCUCUUCGACUUACUGGAGCUGUAUACCCACAGUCGUAGCUCCACCUCAGUCGGCCCUCAUUUCCCGGGGGAUCAAUUCCUCACGGUCCGUAUCCCACUGAACAAAGAGGCAGAAUCACAAGGAUUCCCUCGCUACACGCACUGGAUCGACGAGUCAAGAGAUCCCAAAGCUACCAAUGGUUCAAAGAGCGGCAAGGAGCUUGUCCUAGAGAAGGCAGGUGCCAGGCUGCAUCCGCUAACGCCUGUUGCCGCCAAUGGGGAGAGACCAAAAGUUGGUGAAAAGGGCCGGGAUGGGGCCGUACGUUUCAUGCUUGACACAGAGUGUGCAGAUACAGAGAAGGCUCGUGUUUCCGAGUAUUUCAAAGUCGAACUGGAGGAGUAUGAAGUAAAGGAAUGAUCUAUCGGCUUCCCGCAUCGCAUCCCCAUUACCCCGUACGGCUACCAUACUGCAACUACCGGGUGCAAAUCAGCCAGCAGAUUGCACGUCUGAUCUCGUCGGCCCUCCCGCCACUUCUGCGAUGGAUCGCAGCAGGUGCUAUCCACCCCACAGAAGUACACUGAUUUCAACCUGAAUUUGGAGGUCGGAAGAAUGGCAUCAAUCAAUGGUACCGUGCCUGAGGCUUUUCCGAGAAUAAAAGACGCAAUUCAUCCUGGCCGCCCUGGAUGCCAGAAAAAGAAAAAGACAAGAUAGUAUAAGACGAAGCGAUUGAUACGACGACGGUAUUAACCAACGAUUUCAUGACGGGCGCGGUAUUCAUUGAAACUCUUGUGGAGGUACCUACCCACUGUUCCCCACUGCGAAAUGGAAAGCACUAUUCAGGAUAGCAUAUAUAUCGAGGCACAUGUAUAGAGUGCUGGAUAACUAUCAGGUAUUGAGCUAGUCAACACACUCAGAGAUACUACAGAUGUACGCAAUUCAGUAACUCAUCA